AUGGAGUACCGAAGGCAGGCAGCAGGUGCCUGUGUCCUGUUCUGCGUGGUGGUAUCACUGUUGGCCGGUCUAGGAGAUGCCCAUGGGGGCUUGGUACAGCUGCGAGCCGGGAGUGCCGUGAGUCCACAGCAGCUCUGCCAGGAUCUGUGCGGCGAGUGUCAGUGUAGUGGCCAGUUGGUGGGCGAGAACGUUUGCCAGUGUAACUGUGACUUGCCAUCUGCAAGUAUUGGAGGCUCCAACUGCACCGUUAAGGUGAAGCGAUUGUGUCGACAGAUGGACGUGGAAUGUGACUUUAAUGGGCCGGAAAUUACGUACGUUCGUGCGCCCCGCGGUGGAUGCCACACGAUGUCCUGCUACGAGAAGCACCGCGGACACGAGGAAGGAAGGCACGAGGGUUACUACGGGGCCGAUGAGGAGAGCGGCGAGUACGAGGAAGGAUACGAACACGGAGGGAAGGAGCUGAUCUGCUGCAAGGGGAAAAAGCACAAGGAGAAGAAACACAAGCUGAAAAAACACCACAAGAAGGAAAAACACAACAAGUUCCACAUAAUCAUUAAAGGAAAAAUGCCGGAACAUUCGUGUCACCACCACGAGGAAGGCGAUUACGGUGAAGGAUACGAAGGUCACGAAGGAUAUCGGGCAGUGUCUCCAGAUCACCAUCAAAUGAGACCGACCGUCACUCAUCUGCCGAUGGAGGUCACUGUGUGGAAGAACGGUAAAAAGUUUCCCCUAAAAAGACCGCCCCAGCAGCAUCAGCAACCUCAGCAACAUUACGGUCCACCGGUGGCGCCACAUCCCGAACCGGCUCCUCGAGGUAAAUCGGCGGAACCUCCGAGUCAACCACCACCAUCACCACCUGAGGAACGUCCACCACAAGAGCAGCCUCCACAGGAAUCACACCCACCGCCAUCCCCGCCGGAACCAGAAUCACCAUCGCAGGAACCCCUGACCCCUCCGCCGAACUUAUACGAUGGAGCUCCAGUUCCUCCGCAAGAACGACCUCCAACGCCUAAGGAACCUCCGAAAUCGCCUUCGAAUCCAAAAGUCCGGCCACCUUCAUCGUCCUUUUCACGACCUGCACCACCUCCGCAACCUUCUCCACCGUCACACUGGCCACCGGCCCCUCCACCUCCUCCACCGCCCAUGAUCACCGUUGAUCCUCCCCCGAGGCGAAGUUUCUCCGAACCCAGCUACUCUGAUUGUCAGUUUGACAGCUACGACCUCAACUUCUUCCAUCCUCCGUCAUUCUACUCACCUCCUCCUCCACCACCGCCACCGCCACCACCACCACCACCACCGCCACCGCCACCACCAUUCUACUCUCCUCCUCCACCACCACCACCUCCACCAUCAUUCUACCGAUCCUAUUCACCACCGUACGAUCCUUAUGACUCCAGUUAUUACCAACCGCGUGAGCAAUAUGAAACCUCCAAACACUACUCCGACUAUGAAGAGCGUCCUCGCUAUAGAGAACAUGAUGACAUGAGUUACGACGAGGAUGAGGGCAACCGGCACAAUGAUCACGGUGUGCAUCCACUCUCGGACAACGAGGUCGAAGACUGGCCUCCACCACCCGAGCGCGAUCCGGCCGACAUGCUCGCCUUCAACCAGAUCGUCAGCCGUCAGAUCUGGGAGAACGAGCGUGCCAUCCUCUACAGUACGCCGCCGUUCCAGCCGACUCCCCGGCCGUUGCGGGACGAGUUCGAACCGCCGGUCGCCGAGAUUGGUGCGGUACAGUACGAGUCGUUCGGGUCGGCAGAAAAGAACUACUACAUGGAGCACCGGCCAACGCCACCCGAGGACGCGUUCAUACCGCCCGUCCCACCGCCGGACAGCCCGGUCGAGUUUCCUAUGGCCGAGCAUGGCCCGGCCGCCUAUCCAUCCAACUCGGAGGAAGCCCAGUAUCGGCCGCCAACGCCACCGCCGCAUUAUGUGCGGAUGAAAAAUGCCGGCCGGCUUCCCUCGUACGGUCUUGAUCGGCCGUCGUCCGGAUGGGGAGGGUAUCGAAGUGCUAGCCAGGGGGGGAGUCAACGGCGGCCGGGAACCAGUCAGCAUGGGAGGACGUCUUCGAGCAGUCGGAGGUUUUAG